CGCACGGGUCGGAUAGGCCCUUUGGAUCGACGGUUGGUCUACUACAUAUCAAUAAGACAAUAGUAAGCGAUUUGACAGAUCGCACCUAUAUGGAUAAAUCACAAAGAAUUGCUACACGUUGUUGCCACAAAAUAGUGAUCUUUCUAAAUAACCGAUAUAUUCCUUAAACUUUACGCUAUUAUUGGACUACAUAUAGUAAAACUAUUCUCUAGUAAUUGCCUACUGUAUUACCAUAUAUGUUUAAGCAAUCAUACAGGUAAAUAACAUAAAUUUCAUGAAUUCGAUUAGCUAGUACCGAUGAUUUGUACCUAAACCUAUAUACGAUUUGCAGUCAUUCAGUAUCAAUUACGCUUUAGUUUAUGGUGGAGAGCGAUUCGUUACCGGUGCGAAUUUACGAUCAGGUGCUAACCGUAAGUAGCAGUAACUUCGGACCAGAUUAAAGUAUUUAUGCUGUCCUUUGAAACAUAUAGGUUCCCAUCACCAGUUCGCUUAGUGGCUAUUAUAGGUUAUUUGUGCGUCAUCAUUGGAAAACUUAAUUUCGAGUCGCGCUUCGCUCGGACUUCGAAAAAGUUUAACAAACUCGAAAUUAACGAGUCAUGAUGAGCGCAUCGAACCCUAACCCCACUAUGCAGGAAGGCACACAUAGUUGCAAGAAUUGCAACCGUCCCGAUAACGCAGAGGAUAUGGUGGCCUGCGACAAAUGCAACGGCUGGUGGCAUUUUAGCUGUGCCGGCGUGCAAGCUUCUAUCUGUGAUCGCUCGUGGCGUUGCCCCAACUGCUCGACGUUUUGCGGCACGAUUGGAUCCGAGAACUCGAAUGCAUCCAGCGCACGGCUACGAUUGAAGCAGCUUGAGGAGGCCAAGGCGCUAGAGGACAAAAUACGCAAGGAGCAAGCCGACAGAGAAAGGGAGUUCCUAGCUGCGAAGCAUCAGCUAGAAACCGAAAUCGAGGCUAGGCAAUCGGUAGGUGGCAGCCUUAGAAGUCACGAGAGUCAUCGCAGCCGACGGAGCAGAGUAGGAACUUGGGUGGCUGAUCAGGACUUUACAAUAGCAAACAGAGCGAUUGAGAAUCAUCCGCCGCAAACCGGCAAAACCUCUACCCCAAUACUCACGGGUCAGGUAGGAACCGGAGCCACGACGAAAAUUCUUCCGCCGCCUCUUAACACCCAAACCUCGCAACACGAACGGCCUACCGAUCAUCAACAGCCGUCUGUGACUCCCACGAACGAACAAGUAAGUCAUCUCUCUUCCAACACACCGUUGGGCAUACCGAAGCACCUGCUUCCCCCAACCAAACCCUCUGGAAUACCGGAGACAUCAUUUCCGCUUGUGAAUUCGUCGCGUAUUGCGGAACCGGAUUCGUCGCACUUGCCGAAUGUGUUGGGUGCAGUUCAUCCUCAGUCUCAACCGGCACCAAUGAGCAAGUCAGUGUCAUAUUAUCCCGCGUUGCCAGCACCACCUCCGAUAUAUUCGUUAGGCACAAUGGCGCAGGAACUCGCUUCGACAGAGGGUCCGUUAAGAACGGCAUCGAGGAUGCCGCCAGUAUGCCCGGUGGACAACCUGAAACCAUCGCUUUGCCCGAUUAAGCCAUCGCUUCCUCCGAUGACAACGUCAAUUCUUCCUCCCAUCAACACAUCUAGCAGCCACCAGUUACCUCCGCCUCCGGUAGACCCCUCGGGUUCGACGAUGCCUUCGCUUCACGCUAACCAGCCUAGAGUAAUGGAGCAUCGAGUUGGUUUCUCGAGACAUCCCGGCAACGGAGACCCACCUCGUUCUUGGCUGAAUUCUUCGCAACCGAUCAUCCGAGAUGCUUCAGCUGAUGUUGGUCACAUGCCCGCGCCGCCAAACAGGAUUCCUCCCCAACCGUCGUGCUACGUAGCUCCACCGCAACUGUCACAGAGUGACCCAGCGUCUCAUUCGUGGUACCAGCAGCCAAUGCCACCCUACUGGCAACAACCGUACUGGCAGCCACAGUACCCGGUGCAGAAUUCAUUCGCCGGAAUAAUAAACCCACAGCAAUUGGCCGCUCGCCAUGUGGUUUCCCGGGAAUUACCGAAAUUUUCCGGGGAUCCGUUAGAAUGGCCCAUGUUUUUGAGUGCGUUUGAGUCUACGACAUCGAUGUGCGGCAUACAGCCGGACGAGAACCUUGCAAGGUUGCAGAAGUGCUUGGUCGGGAAGGCCAGGGAAAAGGUACAUAGUAUCUUAACUCUGCCGGAGGCCAUCCCCGAGAUAAUCAACACACUACGCGAUGAAUGUGGCCGUCCGGAUCAGUUGGUACAUUGCUUAAUGAGCAAAAUCAGGAACGCGCCUGCUCCAAACGUUAAUAAAUUAGACACGCUAAUUACGUUCGGGCGCGAGGUGCGCAAUCUCGUUACCUACAUAGAAGCCGCCAAUUUGCAAGCCCAUCUUUCCAACCCCAUGCUUCUAACGGAACUGGUCGGUAAGCUUCCCCAAAGUAUUCGAUUGGAUUGGGGUCUACAUACCCAGCGAAUUCCUGAAGUCACGUUGAAAGCGUUCAGCGACUUCGUUUCGUCGAUGAAGACAGCCGCUUGUCAAGUUGCAAUGCCUUUCGAAUCCAACCCUCAAGAUGAUGUGGUCCGGUCUGGCAAGAAAAAGGAGAAAAGCGGAUAUGUCCACACGCAUUCUGCUGAAGUCGAUACCAGAAGUUCAUCGAGAACGAAGCCCGAGAUGCAGCAAAAGCUGUGCUUGAUGUGCCAAAGUGGCGCUCAUAGAAUUAAGAACUGCGACAAAUUCAGUUCACUGACGAUUAUAGAACGGUGGAGACUGGUGGAGCAACGAAACAUGUGCCAGAGAUGUUUAACGUGCCAUGGUAAAUGGCCGUGUAGAACCUCACAGCCCUGUGGUAUGGACGGCUGCGGAGAUAUGCACCAUAAAUUGUUGCAUCCGGGGAAACCGAAACCGGCCCCCUCAGGACCUAAGGGGCCUGGUUCGUCAGGAGUCGUCACCACUCAUCGCAGCCAACAACAUGGCACAUUUUUCAAAAUACUUCCUGUGACACUGUCCCAUAACGGAAAGUCGGUUACGACCUUCGCCUUCUUUGACGACGGCUCGAACGUAACGCUCCUCGAAAGUAGUAUCGCCGACAUGCUCGACCUGGAUGGAGAAGAGAGCUCGCUUUGUUUGCAAUGGACCAGCGACGUCACACGUAAAGAAUCUGUAUCCAAACGAGUUAAAGUCUGUAUAUCAGGUGACGGAACCACUCAACAUUUGUUGUCACAAGUACAAACCGUGGACAACCUAGGCCUGCCUCGGCAAAGUUUAAACUACACUGAGCUUUCGGUGCAUUUUCCACAUCUGCGUGGUCUACCUAUCCAGAGCUACACCGACGCAGUUCCACGGAUUUUGAUUGGUGCAGAUAAUGCGCGACUGAAGUUGCCAUUGAAGAAGCGAGAGAGACGAGAUGAAGAACCAGUGGCCAUCAAGACAAAGUUGGGUUGGACGAUCUUCGGUGGACAACGCGGAAGCCAUGCCUACAACCGUAUGAUGGUUCACGUGUGCGACUGCUCUGCUGAUCAACGUCUUCACGAUCUUGUGAAACAUUUUUUUGAUGUGGAACACCUUGGCAUAACCGCUGCAUCAACCCCAGAAUCAAAAGAGGACGAGCGAGCUAGACGGAUACUGCAAGAGACUACUCGGCGGACAGAAUCCGGCCGGUUUGAAACUGGAUUACUAUGGAGGAGUGAUGACGUGCACUUCCCAGAAAGCUACGGUAUGGCGGAACGAAGACUCAAAUGUCUAGAACGUCGGCUACAAUCAGACCCGGAACUCCAAAUAAACGUCGAGGCUCAGAUAGCUGAUUAUUAGCACCAGGGAUACGCCCACAAGGCUACCAAGGAAGAGUUGCAAGAGUCUGAUCCAAGACGCGUUUGGUAUUUGCCGAUUGGAAUUGUUCGUAAUCCACGCAAGCCCGAAAAGCUACGAAUUGUGUGGGAUGCAGCUGCAAGCGUUAAAGGAAUUUCUUUGAAUUCCAUGCUCCUAACCGGACCGGAUUUACUGACUCCACUCAUGUCAGUUCUCUGCCAGUUUCGUCAAAGGCAGUACGGUAUAACAGGCGAUAUCAGGCAGAUGUUUCAUCAGCUGCGCAUCAGGAAGGAGGACAGACAAUCACAGAGAUUUCUGUGGCGUGCUAACCCCGAAUCCACCCCGG